AUGAGGUGGGCCCGUAAGGACCUAAAGACGGUCACUGAAUCAACCCUGGCCCGAGCAAUGGUGGAGGUGGAGGGGAUCAUGGAGGGGAAGGGUAUCGAACAGGGACCAGGAGGGAAGGAGAAGGAAGGGGAAGGGGUCACAGCAGGGGCAACGCCAGUAAGCAUUCUAACUGGAGCAUGGUCCCCAGUAGGCCCGUGGUUAUCCUGGGGGAUUUCAAAUGUGGGACGGUUUGUGCCCAUAGAGAAUGAAAGGGUAGAAGUGCACUGUUAUCCUGGAGGGAACCUGGCCCAGGCACUUAAUGUGGUCAAACGUAGGACCCCAGUGUCGGACCAGGUCAGGAAGGUGGUUCUGGCAUUUGGUUUAAAUAACCGGGAGGAUGGGAACCAGGCCUCAGUAAAGAAGGCCAUCCAGCAGAGGCAGGUGGAGAACUUGCACAUGAUUAACGAGUGUAUCGAGGAGGUGGGCCAGGCUCCCUGUGACCCUCAAAACAUCACAACUGUGCUCCAGUGUGACACCAACACAGCCAACGUGACAUGGGCUGCCAGCGCAGGAGCUAAUGGGUACACAGCAAUUGCAACAGACAGGCAGCAGCAACGUUUAGCUUCUUGUCACUCUAUGGGAACUUCCUGUCAGCUGACCUCUCUGCCGUGUGGGAUGAGACUAAAUGUGACUGUCCAAGCUGAUGGCACCACCUGCAACAGCAGCUCUCAACCUAAAGCUGUAGUGGAAACAGCUCCCUGCAUUCCCACCAGUGUUGCUGUCGCUCUAAACUGUACAUCCAACAUUGCUUCCAUCACCUGGUACAGUGCACUUGGUGCCACUUGGUACUUGGUAAAGGUGGAAAGCAGCCAAGGGUACAAGACAUCCUGCAACAACACUGUCACUCAAUGUGAUAUCCCAAACCUGCAGUGUGGCCAGGAAUAUUCCAUCACAGUCAUGGGCAUGAAUGGUGUCUGCAUGGGCCCGGCUAGCCAGCCUAUCACUCUCGUCUCAGCACCGUGCCACAACACUGGCAUUCAAGCCAGUCUGGACUGCCGCAGCAACUCAGCACUCAUUUCUUGGACACCAGGCAAUGGUUCAUUAAGUUUUAAUGCAACACUUCAGUCGCUCCAGGACCCCCAAAAGCACAACUGCUUCACCAAUGGCUCCUCCUGCAACAUUGGCUCACUGCCGUGUGGUCAGCACUAUAACAUCUGUGUUACAGGAUACGGCCAGACCUGUUCAACCUCUUCUAAAGCCUUGGUCACUCUAGACACAGCUCCAUGUGUUCCCACUCAAGUCAAUGUGUCAUUAUCUUGUGGGUCGGACACUGCAUCUGUUUCCUGGGCAGCAUCCAGUGGCCUUGUUUCAUACUAUACAGUAACAGCAGUAGAUGAUAAUGGACGUACUCUAACCAGCAACUCCAACAGAACUUCCUGUGACAUCAGCGGCCUGUCGUGUGGUCAGGCGUACAAUGUGUCAGUCACAGCUAUGAGUGUGGACUGCACUGGGCAACGCAGUGAAGUGCGUCGCAUCACUACUGCUCCCUGUGACCCUCAAAACAUCACAACUGUGCUCCAGUGUGACACCAACACAGCCAACGUGACAUGGGCUGCCAGCGCAGGAGCUAAUGGGUACACAGCAAUUGCAACAGACAGGCAGCAGCAACGUUUAGCUUCUUGUCACUCUAUGGGAACUUCCUGUCAGCUGACCUCUCUGCCGUGUGGGAUGAGACUAAAUGUGACUGUCCAAGCUGAUGGCACCACCUGCAACAGCAGCUCUCAACCUAAAGCUGUAGUGGAAACAGCUCCUUGCAUUCCCACCAGUGUUGCUGCCGCUCUAAACUGUACAUCCAACAUUGCUUCCAUCACCUGGUACAGUGCACUUGGUGCCACUUGGUACUUGGUAAAGGUGGAAAGCAGCCAAGGGUACAAGACAUCCUGCAACAACACUGUCACUCAAUGUGAUAUCCCAAACCUGCAGUGUGGCCAGGAAUAUUCCAUCACAGUCAUGGGCAUGAAUGGUGUCUGCAUGGGCCCGGCUAGCCAGCCUGUCACUCUCGUCUCAGCACCGUGCCACAACACUGGCAUUCAAGCCAGUCUGGACUGCCGCAGUAACUCAGCACUCAUUUCUUGGACACCAGGCAAUGGUUCAUUAAGUUUUAAUUCAACACUUCAGUCGCUCCAGGACCCCCAAAAGCACAACUGCUUCACCAAUGGCUCCUCCUGCAACAUUGGCUCACUGCCGUGUGGUCAGCACUAUAACAUCUGUGUUACAGGAUACGGCCAGACCUGUUCAACCUCUUCUAAAGCCUUGGUCACUCUAGACACAGCUCCAUGUGUUCCCACUCAAGUCAAUGUGUCAUUAUCUUUUGGGUCGGACACUGCAUCUGUUUCCUGGGCAGCAUCCAGUGGCCUUGUUUCAUACUAUACAGUAACAGCAGUAGAUGAUAAUGGACGUACUCUAACCAGCAACUCCAACAGAACUUCCUGUGACAUCAGCGGCCUGUCGUGUGGUCAGGCGUACAAUGUGUCAGUCACAGCUAUGAGUGUGGACUGCACUGGGCAACGCAGUGAAGUGCGUCGCAUCACUACUGCUCCCUGUGACCCUCAAAACAUCACAACUGUGCUCCAGUGUGACACCAACACAGCCAACGUGACAUGGGCUGCCAGCGCAGGAGCUAAUGGGUACACAGCAAUUGCAACAGACAGGCAGCAGCAACGUUUAGCUUCUUGUCACUCUAUGGGAACUUCCUGUCAGCUGACCUCUCUGCCGUGUGGGAUGAGACUAAAUGUGACUGUCCAAGCUGAUGGCACCACCUGCAACAGCAGCUCUCAACCUAAAGCUGUAGUGGAAACAGCUCCCUGCAUUCCCACCAGUGUUACUGCUGCUCUAAACUGUACAUCCAACAUUGCUUCCAUCACCUGGUACAGUGCACUUGGUGCCACUUGGUACUUGGUAAAGGCGGAAAGCAGCCAAGGGUACAAGACAUCCUGCAACAACACUGUCACUCAAUGUGAUAUCCCAAACCUGCAGUGUGGCCAGGAAUAUUCCAUCACAGUCAUGGGCAUGAAUGGUGUCUGCAUGGGCCCGGCUAGCCAGCCUGUCACUCUCGUCUCAGCACCGUGCCACAACACUGGCAUUCAAGCCAGUCUGGACUGCCGCAGCAACUCAGCACUCAUUUCUUGGACACCAGGCAAUGGUUCAUUAAGUUUUAAUGCAACACUACAGUCGCUCCAGGACCCCCAAAAGCACAACUGCUUCACCAAUGGCUCCUCCUGCAACAUUGGCUCACUGCCGUGUGGUCAGCACUAUAACAUCUGUGUUACAGGAUACGGCCAGACCUGUUCAACCUCUUCUAAAGCCUUGGUCACUCUAGACACAGCUCCAUGUGUUCCCACUCAAGUCAAUGUGUCAUUAUCUUGUGGGUCGGACACUGCUUCUGUUUCCUGGACAGCAUCCAGUGGCCUUGUUUCAUACUAUACAGUAACAGCAGUAGAUGAUAAUGGACGUACUCUAACCAGCAACUCCAACAGAACUUCCUGUGACAUCAGCGGCCUGUCGUGUGGUCAGGCGUACAAUGUGUCAGUCACAGCUAUGAGUGUGGACUGCACUGGGCAACGCAGUGAAGUGCGUCGCAUCACUACUGCACCCUGUGCUCCUCAGUCUGUGGUCAGUCAGCUCUUAGACUGUCGAACAGGUGAUGUUCAGAUCAGCUGGCAGUCGAGUAAAGGGGCACAGAUCUACUAUGCUCAAGCAAAAUCCACAGUCAAGACUCUGGUGUGUAACUCUACCUCCACGUCCUGCAUAAUCCCUGCAAUUUGCUGUGGGCAGACGCACAAUAUCACUGUGGUUGCAGUGGCCAACAGCUGUAGCUCCAACACCAGUGUGACCAGUCAGGUCACUGCAGGUCCUUGUGUACCACAAAAUGUGUCGGCCAGUGUAAGCUGUAGCAGCAACAUAGCAAGUGUAACCUGGGGGAGCACCCAAGGGGCGGAGCUUUACACAGUGACAGCCAGCAGUGCUAACGGCCUUUCAGCUAACUGCACCUCAACAUCCACUUCCUGUAACCUGCCAACUUUGACCUGCGGACAGUCUUACACAAUCACAGUGAAGGCAAAGGGCAGCAACUGCAGCAGUGGGAACAGUGCGCCUGUUCAAGUUCAAGCAGUGCCCUGUACCCCAAGUAAUGUCCUGCCCAUCAUGGAUUGUGUCACAAAUGCUUUAGUGGUAUCAUGGACACCUGGUGCAGGAGGACAGUAUUACACGGCCACCUUGCAGGACAGCAAUGGACUGUCCACCACCUGCCAGUCUACAGGCUCACAGUGUAAUGUGACAGGGCUCAGAUGUGGUCAACUGUACCAUAUCAAUGUGACAGCGUCAGAUGGUUUGUGCAGCAGCCCUCCCAGUGCCACUGUGAACACUAACUCAGCACCAUGUCUGUCCACCAGUGUGUCUGCCGUAGUGGACUGUGCGACAGAUUCGGUUCUAGUGUCCUGGAGUUCCAUUGCUGGGGCGGAGAAUUACUCUGUGACAGCUUUGGGGUCAGGAGGUCAAAAGCUUUCUUGCUCAACCAGUCAGAACAACUGUAACAUGUCCUCCCUGCAGUGUGACCAGCAGUUUAACCUCACC